AAUUUGAUUUCUGCGAAACACCUGUUGCGACAACACCAAACCAAACGACAAGGCAAUUACCUCGAACCUCCACGGUAACUGUCUUACAAUGGCCAUGACUGUGGCAAAGAAAGGAGGGGAUGUGGAUUAUAGCAUCAAGCCGGAGGCUGUCGUUCCUGCAGUGGAUACCAGCACUUGGCCGCUGUUGUUGAAGAAUUAUGAUAAGCUUCUCGUUCGCACUGGACACUUCACCCCAAUCCCGAACGGCUGCACGCCACUCAAGAGAGAUCUCAAGUCAUAUGUUAGCUCGGGUGUCAUCAACCUUGACAAGCCCUCCAACCCAUCUUCUCACGAAGUUGUCGCAUGGGUGAAGCGCAUGCUCAGAGUCGAGAAAACUGGACACAGCGGAACCCUCGAUCCUAAGGUCACCGGAUGCUUGAUCGUCUGUAUCGACCGCGCCACCCGCCUUGUUAAGUCCCAGCAAGGUGCCGGAAAGGAGUACGUUUGCGUUAUCCGUCUCCACGACAAACUGCCAGGUGGCGAGGCUCAAUUCGCCCGCGCCCUGGAGACCCUCACCGGUGCCCUCUUCCAGCGCCCUCCUCUCAUCUCCGCCGUCAAGCGUCAACUCCGUAUCCGCACAAUCCACGAGUCCAAGCUGUACGAGUUCGACAAUGAGCGCCACCUCGGUGUCUUCUGGGUCAGCUGCGAGGCUGGUACCUACAUCCGUACCCUCUGUGUGCACUUGGGUCUGCUUUUGGGCGUUGGUGCUCACAUGCAGGAGCUGAGACGUGUGCGCUCCGGUGCCAUGGACGAGAAGGUUAACAUGGUUACUCUUCACGAUGUCCUCGACGCCCAGUGGAUGUCCGAUAACACUCGCGAUGAGUCCUACCUCCGCCGCGUCAUUGCGCCGCUCGAGACUCUUCUCACCACCUACAAGCGCAUUGUCGUCAAGGACAGCGCUGUCAAUGCCGUCUGCUACGGUGCCAAGCUCAUGAUUCCGGGUCUUCUCAGAUACGAGGCUGGCAUUGAGGUCCACGAUGAGGUUGUCCUCAUGACCACCAAGGGUGAGGCCAUCGCCCUUGGCAUCGCACAGAUGUCUACCGUGGAGCUCUCCACCUGCGACCACGGUGUCGUGGCCAAGGUCAAGCGUUGCAUCAUGGAGCGCGACCUUUACCCACGCCGCUGGGGCAUGGGCCCAGUUGCUCUUGAGAAGAAGAAGAUGAAGGCCGAUGGCAAGCUUGACAAGUACGGUCGCCCCAACGAGGCCACCCCCGCCAAGUGGAACACCGAGUACAAGGACUUCAACGCCCCGCUAGAGGGCGCACCUGUUGCCGCAUCGGAGCAAGCCGCCGCACCAGCUGAGGAGGAGCCAACCGUCGACGCUGAUGUCAGCAUGAUGACCGUGGAUGAUGACAACGACAAGAAGAGGAAGAGGCACGAGGGCGAGACUGCGGAGGAGAAGGCCGAGAGGAAGAAGAACAAGAAGGAGAAGAAGGAGAAGAAGGAAAAGAAAGAGAAGAAGUCCAAGAAGGAGAAGAAGGAGGAGAGCGAUGACAGCGAGUAAUCAUACUCUCGUGUCAUCUCUUUCUGAUUUCUCUCAUCUGCGGCGAGGGCUCAGCAUCAUUGUAGUAAUGGCGUUAUGUUGGGUGUAUAUUAGGGCAGUGAAAGUUCACUACCUUUCGCGUGGUGCACAAAAUAUGGAGUUGUUUUCUAGUUUAGUUCAAUAGUACUCUCCGGGGAAGGGAGAGGUGGGAUGGAUAUGAACCAGUUUAUCUUACCCAAGCACUCUGACAAUUUAUUGUGGAAUGGCUGCAUAUACGGCAUUGUUUGCUUAUUGUCGUUCUCAUCCUCCCGUUCUACGCGCCGGAAACAUGCAACCAACCGUCUAGUCUGGUCGUCCACCCUCCCCCUCCCUCAUCUGAAGCAGUUCAUCCUUAGGACCCGAAUAUAUACGACACGUGCCACCGGCGGAGGACUAGUUAUCCCGACCAAGGCGUACAUGUAUAUAUAGGAGUUGUGGC